CAGGGCACCAAUAUGCUCGACACCCACCAACAAUUGGUCAGAACUACAUCGGGAAGACCAGGGCAGGACAUGUGGCCCCAGGCUCCAGGGACAGCAACAGGGCUGCUAAAGCUUCUCUCAGGCAUCUCCCUGACUGAGGAGGGGAGUCUUAGGAGCGGCAGUGGCCUAACUCAGGGCCAGCAGCAGAGGUCUCGGAGUGCAGAGCAGAUGGCGAAGGAGGACCGGAGGCCCAGGGCCCGGAACAAGAAAGGGCAUGGCUCUGCGGAGGCUGAGGACCUCCUGCCCUCUACUCGGAAGCCCUCCUUCCCCUUCCAGUGGGCCUGGGAGAGCUUCACCACAGAUGAUCGGGCCCUGCUUCAGCCUGGCUCCCCCUCAGCCCCUGGCCACCAUGACCUGCCUUGCCCCCAGCACCCCCAGCACAAGUCCAGGCGCAAGUCCAUGGCCAGCCUCCCGGAAGCCCAUGGCUUCUGCUGGAAGACGGAAGUGCCAGUCCUGGAGAGGAGGCAGCAGCUCAGGGCUUGGGGCUGCGUCCCCAUCCCUCCCAGCACAGGACAGAGCCAAGAGCUGGGGUCAGACAGUGAGGGUGGCCUCCAGCUGGCUGGGCAGAAGCCAGGGUUAGACUUGUCUCAGUUGGCCGCUGAGCUGGAAGCCUUUGGCGCUGAGGAGGCCGAGAAGGGUCUGAGCCCUGGGGAACUGCCCCGAGUCCCCAGGAGAGGCUCCAUUUUGGAGAAGUGGUAUACAGAGGUGGCCGAGGGGGCCCAGGAGGGGGUGCCCAAGGCACCCCACAGGAGGAGGACCAGUUCUUGGAGAAAGAGUCAGAAUUCUGGUGAAAAGGCCCCAGACGAGGGUGAACUGCAGAGCCCGGGGACUGGCUCCAAAAUCUUCCCAGGGCCACAGAGGGGGAAGUCAGGGGGCAAGAAGCUGGAGGGGCCAUGGGACCUGGAAACGUUGUAAAGGCAGUUACAGCAAGACUUGGACUUUGGUGAGUGUGGAGCUCAGCACCUGGGGUCCCCAGGAAGCUACAAGCUGGGGAGAGAGGUUGGGAGCCAGCAACUGAGGCCAGGAGUUCGCACGGGGCUAGGCCUUGCUCCAGGUGCCGGGUGGUGGGAUUUCCCAGGGGGUCGGGAGACGGGGAGGCCCUGGCAUGGCCCGCUGUGGACAGGCUCUACGAAGCGGCCCUGGAAGGCUUUGAGGGCUGCUCUCCAGGUCUCCGCCCGGAGCGGGAAGGCCCACGCCUCGGUAGAUGAUGACGCUCUCCUGUUCAACUUACCUGACCGUUCCUUCCACAGACGGCAGGAGGCCACCAGACGCCUGCUGCAGGCCUGGGCGCGGGAGCAGCAGGAGGCGCAGCAGCAGGCCGAGCGGCGGGCCCGGGAGCAGCGGGUGCAGCGGCGGGUGGCCUGCGGCCUGGCAGCCUAUGUGCCCUGGGGGAGCCAUGGGCCAGGUGCAGCCCAGCGCAAGCUGGAGGAGCUGAGGCGCCAAGAGCGACAGCACUUUGCUGAGUACCAGGCAGAGUUGCAGGCCGUCCUGCACAGGGUGCAGGCCCGGCCCUACCUAUUCCAGCAGGCCAUGCAGGCCAGCGCCUGGCUCGCUGUGACCCGGCACUUCUCCCAGGUGCUGUCAGCACUGGGACUCGAUGAGGAGCAGCUGCUGGCUAAGGAAGGCAAGCAGGACACGGAGGGCUCCUCCAGGAAACCCAGGAGCCACAGGUCAAUGGGAGUGAGAGUGGAGCAUUCCUGUGAGAGUCCCCCAAGGACAGAGCCCACCUGCAGCCAGCCGAAUGGGCAUUCCACCCCAUGCCCAGCGGAGGAGUCCAGCCCCUGAGAUGCAUUAAAUGCCUUCUGGGAAGUACAGUGUGAGAUUUCUUGUGGUGACAAGAGCCUUCGUGCUGGGAAUAGGAGGUGGCAGGUGGAUAGACGGCUUGUCCCCACAUCCCCCAGGAGCUCUGGAUGUUCUGGCUGCCCCUGCCCAGCACACACAGCUGUGCUUUUGCUCCUGCGCUUUUUGUGAGUGGUGGGACAUCUCACAGAGCAGCAGCUGCCCCCCACCCCCACCUCAGUCUCCAACAAUUCAAGUCUCCGAGAAAUUCAAGAGUGAAUAGGGCAGAAUGGCCCUCUGUCUUUGAGAACUUGCAGCCUGGUUUUUAGGCAGGGGGUGGGAAACAGAACCUUUAAAGGGGCACAUAGAUCAACACCAUAACACAUGGGCUGCACAAGGCCGCCAGAUCAAGUAACUGUGGAGUCGGGGAGGUGUCAGGAGAGAUUGUAAUCCCUGGGCUUUUAACAGUAACUUCAAGUUAGAGACCUCUCCACAAGGGGAAAAAAAGCUCACACAGAAAUGUGCCAAAUUUUGCACUCAGUUUCAGGGCGUUCACAGACACACAGAAGCGCAUCUGGAGCUCCUUCGUUCACAGAACGCAGGUUAAAAACCAAUCUGAGGAACGUGAGAAGGCAGCGUCUGCUGACAAUACUGGUUGUUGGGGCUUGAAGGCUCGGCUGUGGAGCUGGUGUGUGUGUGUGUGGGGGGGUCUCAGGAGAACACGCUGCGAUGUCCAACAUCUGAUGGAGCCACGACCCCCGAGGGUCCACUAGGAGGACGCCUACUGGAGCGGCGGGCGCUGUCCACGGAAAGUCCGUGAGGCAGCGGUCAUCCAGUGGCUCGGGGUGUGCAAGGCGAGAAUGGCGACGAGACUUUCCCAGCUCCGGGGAGGCCCGACUGGAUGGCCUCCGGGCCCGUAGAGUUACAGGAUCCCGUCUUCGACACACCCGGUCAGUUCACUUGGAGGCGCGCACGCGCAAUGGGACCCCCGUC